AUGGGACGCGACGCACAAGCGAAGGCUUCUCGCAAGGCAUUAGCUAAGGAUACUGAUCGCGCUCUUCAGCAGCUCUUGAAACGGGACAAGGAGGGGUCGAGGGCACUUGCCUCUGCGCGAGAGUUCGGCAAGAAGCUAGCCAGCAAGGCGAGGAAGGGCAAGGCGCCUGCAGCGAAGGAGAAGAGCCGGUUGGAUGCCUCUCGCGCCAUGUCUGACUCCGAUUCUGAGACUGGUGAGCAAGACGAAGAUGGCGACGACGCAAAGACGAUGCGAAAGACUGCGUAUUCUGCCCAACUAAUAAGGCAGCUCGGCUUUGACCCGUCCGCGAAGGAAGGCAAGAGUUCGACUAGCUCGGUCGUGAAGAGCAAGCUUGACGCGCUGGCAGCUUCACAAGUCUCCCGAAGGGACAUAGAUUUGGGUCCAAGACGAGGGAAGAAGAGUUCCUGCGUCAAACGCCCUGAUGUUCCUGGUCCAACGUUACUGCAGAACAAGAAGACCGCCGAUCAAUCGCAACCUGAUGGCUCCGUGCAUCUUCCGCGUUCUGACGAUGAAAGUGAUCUGGAGGUACAAGAAGCUGCAGUGUUCGGACGGCCGGUCGCACUUUUAUCGUCGACAAGCAAUACGGUGAAUCUGGAUAGCAGUGAUACUGAACUAGAAGUAGAGCCGCCUGUAUGA